AUGACGAUCAUGUUGUUCCUCGAAGUCAAUUUCGCAGACGAGGGUGAGGAUAUCCAAAUUAAUGUAACAAUCAAGAAUCAAGGCGCAGAAUUACCUGUGCCCAUAACAUUUUUAGGGGACCUCCACAUUCCUACGAUUUUGUACUUCAUGAUCAGUACAAUGCAAUUAUUCAUGUUGAUGUUUAUUGGUACUAGCAAUUGUGGCAAUGAUUCACUUUUCCUCGGUAUCAUUCUCCAUAUUUGCGGCCAAAUAGAAGUUCUAAAAGUUGAGCUUUUUAAAUAUGGCAUGAAAAGCAAAAACUUAAGUGAGGAUUUUUCAGUACUGGCAUCAAGACACUGUUAUCUAAUAGAGCAUGCGGAAUUACUAACAGAAGUAAUAAGUUUCAUUUUGCUCGUGCAACUGUUAUCCAAUUGUCUUAUUAUUAGUUUAAUCGGUUUCCAACUUAUCUUAGCAUUGAAGGCGAAUGACGCAGUAAUGAUUAUUAAAACCAUAACAGUGUUGGGCAGUUUGUUAUUACAAUUAUUCUUUUAUAGUUUCGUCGGCGAUUAUCUAAAGUGUCAAAUGGAAGAUGUCGCGGAAUCGAUUUACAGCUGCAAAUGGUAUUCCUUACAAACAAAAUUAAUGAGAAAUGUUGUGUUCGUCAUCAUGCGGUCGCAACAACCAGUUCAGUUGUUUGCUGGCAAAUUUCUUGUUGUAAAUCUCAAAACAUUUAUGACAAUAUUAAAAAGUUCGCUCUCGUAUUUGUCUGUCCUACGAGUAAUGGUGGACACGUAGGGCGCAUUUAAUUAAUGUAAGGUAAAAAAAGAGUAGAAAAAAGUAACAGUGUACACACACGUAAGCAAUAUCAAUU